CAAAACAUUUCGUUUGCCAAGGCUUAAAUAUUUUCAAGCCAGCAACCAGUUGAUGUCUUCCUGCUUUCACCAAUCUCAGAUGAUGGCCAGUGACACAAAUGACAAUUCACGUAGUGAUAUUCGGAGAAACUAUCAAGUAGUCGUUGCUGCUACCCGUGAGAUGGGCAUUGGGAAGGAUGGGGCAUUGCCAUGGAAGCUGCCUGGUGACCUUAAAUACUUUAAGGAGCUUACAAUGGCUACAUCAGACCCCUCAAAGAAAAAUGCUGUUAUAAUGGGAAGAAAAACGUGGGAAAGCAUACCCCUUAAGUUUAGACCAUUGCCGGGUCGCUUGAAUGUUAUACUGACUUCUUCUGGCAGCUCUGAUUAUGCAACAGUCGAGAAUGUUGUUGUUUGUGGAAGCUUGGAUGCUUCCUUAAAACUAUUAGCAUCAACUCCCUACAGCUUAAUCAUUGAGAAAGCUUUUGUAAUAGGGGGUGGACAGGUGCUGAGGGAAUCUCUAAAUGCAUCUGCAUGUGAGGCCAUCCAUCUUACUGACAUAGAGUCGACCAUUGAGUGUGACACUUUCAUUCCUCCUGUUGAUCUAUCAGUCUUCCACCUGUGGUUUUCAUCUUCUCCAGUUCUGGAGAACAAUAUUAGGCAUUCUUUUGUAAGCUUUGUUCGUGUUAGAAAAUCAGUAGCAGAAGUUAGCAAUUCAAAUGUCAGUGAAUUACCUGGCAAUGAUACUAAGAACGAAAAGUUUGAAAUUCAGAACUUUUCAUUUCUACCUAAGAGUAUCUUCGAAAAGCAUGAUGAGUAUCAGUAUCUCAAUCUUGUUCAAGAUGUAAUACGAAGUGGUGCUCGGAAAAAUGACAGAACAGGAACAGGAACUUUAUCAAAAUUUGGUUGCCAGAUGCGGUUUAACUUGAGGAGGAAUUUUCCAUUACUCACAACAAAGAGGGUGUUUUGGCGUGGUGUUCUUGAAGAGCUGUUGUGGUUCAUCAGUGGUUCAACAAAUGCUAAGGUUUUACAGGAAAAAAACAUUCACAUAUGGGAUGGCAAUGCUUCGAGGGAGUAUCUUGACAGUAUUGGUUUAUCACAACGAGAGGAGGGUGACUUGGGACCAGUAUAUGGAUUUCAGUGGAGACACUUUGGUGCUGAAUAUACCAACAUGCAUGCUGAUUACACUGGGAAAGGUUAUGAUCAGUUACUUGAUGUAAUCAACAAGAUCAAGAAUAACCCUGAUGAUAGGCGAAUCAUUCUGUCCGCAUGGAAUCCAACAGAUCUCAAGAAGAUGGCACUUCCACCUUGCCACAUGUUUGCACAGUUUUAUGUUGAGAAUGGAGAGUUAUCAUGUCAGAUGUAUCAACGCUCAGCUGACAUGGGACUUGGCGUGCCAUUCAACAUUGCAUCUUAUGCUCUUCUGACAUGUAUGAUUGCACAAGUUUGUGAUCUUUGUCCUGGAGAUUUUGUCCAUGUUAUAGGUGAUGCUCAUGUCUACAGCACACAUGUUCGAGCUUUGGAGGAACAAAUUAAGAAGCAGCCUAAGCCUUUUCCUAUUUUGAAGAUAAAUCCUCUGAAGAAGGAUAUGGAUUCAUUUGUUGCUUCAGAUUUUAAACUGGUUUCCUAUGAUCCUCACCAGAAAAUAGAAAUGAAGAUGGCAGUGUAAUGAGUUAGCAUUCUCCAUUUGUACAAGUAUAUGAUACCUAUUAUUGAUGGUAUCCUUGUAAACCAACAUACGUGGUAGAAACUCUAGGCAACUUCUUUUUCAUUGAAUGGUUGAUGUCUUGGUGGAGGAUAGUCACAUUUUAACCAUGGCAUAAGCUGGCGAAUGUACGCCAAAGAGAUGGAGUCGGAUCGCAAAAUGUAGAGCUUCUGCUGCCAAUAGCAAGGUGGUUUGCAACCACAAUGUGCUUUUCUAGGGCACUGACAUCAGCUCUGGGGAGAUGAUAAUUCAUGGCUGCUAUUUAGAUAAAAUCGAGGGCUGAUAUUAUAACAUUUUAGCAACUUUGUCUGGCAUCUGA